AUGGACUUCUUCGGCGGCAAGGCGCGCAAGGGGCGGCCGCCCGGCGCCGCGGUUGUGACCACGACGCGGGUGGCACAGGCCGCACCGGUGUCACAGAGGCGGCAGGUGUCCUCGGAAAAGCGCCACAAUGCGCUCCCUGCGGCCGUGCAGGAGCGCAUCGAAAAAGAGCGCGUCGCGGCGCACCAGGCGCGUCUCGCCGAACAAGUCGCCGCCGCGGAUAAAAAACGCGCCGAGGCACCGCGCCCGGCGAAGAAAGCACGCCGUGUAUCGGUGAGCGAGGGCGAGGAGGAGCCAAAAGCGAAGCCGCGCUCCAUGUUUGACGCAGUGCCGGGGCGGCCGUUUCAGUACAACGCGCCGCGCACCAUCGUGCCGAAAGACGGGUACGCGGUGCUUGAUAAGGAGCCCGGCGCGGCAAUGUCGAGCGAAGCACUGGUUCGCACAUCCAGUGCGACGUACCUCCCGUUCUUCGAGGGGAUUCCCGACGAAACAGUCGUGUCGCUCGCAUAUCCUGCGCCCGACGCCCAGGAAUCGUUCCUGCUCCUUGUGCCCAAGGACACGGACGAGUACGAUCCGAUCGCCGACCUCUUGCGCACCGUCGGCGCGAUCGUCGCCCAUUAUAUCCCAAAAGAGCGCCAAAGCGAGUUUGGAGCGCUCGAGGCACUCGACGUGUCGAGCAGCACCGGCGUGCCGCUCGCCGAGUGGCGUGCGCGGGCGCGCACGCGCGACAGCAGCUCACGCGACUCGACGCCGCUCGUGGACGGCGCAUCGCCCAUGUCGCAGAGCCUGUCGGAGGACGCGCUGGACACGGACUCGAUCCUGCGCAGCUUUACCAAGGCACGCAACCGCCGGCACGGCGGCCUGUUUGUGCGCACUGUGCAGCGCUUUAAUGCGCUGCUCAACGCACUCAAGGACGAGGGCGUGGUCGAGGCGCACCUGCGCACCCUCGGCGCCACGCACGGCGUGCCCGAGAGCGUCUGGCGCGCGGUGCAGGACCAGGUGUAUGCGCGCGCCGCUGCGCCGCACGUCGAGAAGCUGAAGCAGUACGAGGCGUUCUCGGAUAAUGUGUAUGGCGAGAUGCUCCCGCCGUUCCUGAGCGAAGUGUGCCGCCUGGCGCAGCUCGGGCCCCAGUCGGUGUUUGUCGACCUCGGCAGCGGAAUCGGCAACCUGAUUGUCCAGGCGUCGCUGCAGACGGGAUGCGCGGCAUACGGCUGCGAGUACAUGCCGAUCCCCAGCGAGCUCGCGCAGGCGCAGCUGCGCGAGUCGGCCGCGCGCUGGAAGAUGUGGGGCCUCUGCGGCGGGCCGCGCAUGGAGGCGUGGUGCGCCGACUUUACCGACUCGGAGCCGGUGCGCACCGUGCUGCGCGACGCUGACCUUGUGCUAGUCAACAACUAUGCGUUCCGGCCCCAGACGAACGACACGCUCUCGCUCCUGUUCCUCGACCUGAAGGAGGGCUCGGUGAUAGUGUCCUUGCGCUCGUUCGUCCCGAGCGACUUUCGGCUCACGGAGCGCACGCUCUCGUCCCCAGCGGCGAUCCUGCGCGUCGAGGAGCGCACCUAUACGAGCGGAAGCGUGAGCUGGACGGCCGGCAGCGGGAAGUACUACGUCCACGUCGUCGACCGCAGCAAGGUGCAUGCGUACGCCGCCGCACUCGAGCGGCGGCGCCAAAAUCCGUAG